CUGCGUAGGUUUCUUUUAUACAACCGGUGGCAGAGAAAUCAGUAUAGUUUUCACUUUCGUGAAAUUAAAAAUAAAACUAAAAUCUCAAUAUUGUGCGGGAAUUCCAUAACAAUUUUUAAUAUUUAUAUUACGUGAAUUUAACACAAUUGACGUAGUAUUUGUACUUGGUUUUGACGCAAAACGUUAGUAUUGGAGACAAAAGAGUGGACCGUUUACGCUUGGAGAAGAGCCAUAAAAGUUAAAAGAGAACUGUAUCUGAACUUUCCUGCGUGGUUGUUUAUUUGGUGGCAGCUUUAAAAUAUCGAUUAGUAAAAUGGCAGACGAAGACUUAUCGUUAAACGAAGAUCAACUGCUGGACAAUCUUGACGAGGCAAAUGGCGAGCACGAAGCAGAACUAAUGAACGAAAACGAGGAGGAAGCCAAUAUGCAAAUCGAUCCUGAACUGGAAGCAAUAAAGGCGCGAGUUAAGGAAAUGGAAGAGGAAGCCGAAAAAAUUAAACAAAUGCAAUCUGAAGUGGACAAACAAAUGGCUGGUUCUACAACAGGAUUGGCCACAGUGCCAUUAUCUUUAGAAGAAAAACAAGAAAUUGAUACACGUUCAGUAUACGUGGGUAAUGUUGACUAUGGCGCUUCCGCUGAGGAGUUAGAAUCACAUUUUCAUGGUUGUGGAACCAUAAACCGUGUGACUAUACUAUGCAAUAAAGCUGAUGGUCACCCCAAAGGGUUUGCUUAUAUUGAGUUUGGUUCAAAGGAAUUUGUUGAGACAGCAUUGGCUAUGAACGAGACUCUUUUUAGAGGUCGCCAAAUUAAGGUCAUGUCAAAGCGCACUAAUCGCCCAGGAUUGUCUACGACAAAUCGUUUUGCACGCGGAAGUUUCCGUGGCCGAGGUGCUCGCAUAUCACGCGCUUGUUGUCACACAUCCUUCCGUGGUUCACGUCGUCCAAUAAGGGGUUAUCGCGGACGUGCAAAUUACUAUGCACCAUACUGAUUAAUGUUUUACUCUUACUUUUAAGAUUUUUUUUUACAAUAUAUAAAAUGAUUUCAAAAAACAUUAUAUAUAAAAGCCGUUCGUUACCAAACUUCUAAAAAAAUGAUGUCAUAAAUAUUUAAA